UGUAUUCACUAGACACGUGUGUCGCUGUCAAAUACGCGUUUAUCCUCCAACUCCCCACGCGAUAUUGAAGUGUACGUUUACAUGUAUGUGUUGUAAAGGCUGGGCUGCGUGUUUCUGACGCAACGAUGGCGGACGCGUUCAGCAGCAGCUCGGAAACCGUAAUUCAGCGCGCGGUGGACGUGGCGGUGAAGAUAGCGACGCCUCUGGAGAAACUCGAAGAGUUCUAUCAGAUCAAGAAGACAUGCGACUUUAUCAGUGAGCAUGAGUUUAAAAAGGUUGCGCUGCAGUUCCCCGAUGAGCUGCUGGUGGAUUCCGUUGCAGUAGCGGUGGAGAUUGAGAGCAACAGUAAUGCCAAGCCGUUCAUUUUGGGAGAUACGUCCUACGGCAGCUGCUGUGUGGACGAGGUGGCUGCAGAACACAUCGGAGCCGACUGCAUUGUGCACUACGGCGGCGCCUGCCUCAGCCCGUCCGCGAGGCUGCCACUGAUGUACGUCUUUGAGCGAAGGCCGGUGGAUCUUGUGAAAUGCAGCUCCACCUUCAGAGAACUCCACCCCGACACGAGGAGUCACGUCGCCAUCCUCUGUGACGUCAACUAUGAUCAUGUCAUGAAUGAUCUUGUGACGAUCCUGUUGCCAGAGUAUCCAAACAUUGUUGUUGCCGAACUCGUCGUGGAAGGAGAGCAAUGUUACAGUCAUGGCCGGAUAAAAAAACAGCAUGAUGACGCCCGUCUGUCAGAGCGAGACAACAGCCAGGUUAUUUAUCAGUUUGGGAGGCGGUUCUCCUUGAGCAGUGGUUUAAGCAUCACGGAUUACAGUCUGUUCUACGUAGGCCAAGAGGGAGCAACGCUGAGGAACUUCAUGAUGACGUGGAAUCGCUGCUCGUUUUGUUCAUUUGACCCCAAAACAAUGACGGGCAGGACGGAGUCUGUGAGCAUCAACCGUGCUCUGAUGAAGAGAUAUUACACUAUAGAAAGGGCUAAAGAUGCUAAUGUGGUUGGGAUCCUAGUUGGCACCCUCGGGGUGGCCGACUACCUCGGCAUCAUCCAGCAGUUGAAGGAGACCAUCCGAGGAGCUGGCAAGAAGAGCUACGUGUUUGCAAUGGGGAAACUGAACGUGGCCAAACUCGCAAACUUUCUUGAAAUUGACAUAUUUGUGUUAAUCGCGUGUCCCGAGAACUCACUGCUGGACUCAAGUGAGUUCUAUAAACCUGUAGUAACGCCAUUUGAGAUGGAGGUGGCCUGCAACAAGAAGAGGGAGUGGUCAGAGGAAUACGUCACAGACUUUCGACAUCUCCUGCCAGGUGGACAGAGCCAUGUGCCUCUGGCCAAUCAGCAGGAGGAGGGCGACGAGACUGACGUGUCUUUAAUCACAGGAGCUCUGCGAAGCCAGAACCUGUUGAACAGGGAGCCUGCAGUGUCUUCAUUUGGCUCCUCCGUGGUCCUCAGGAACCAGGCGCUGACUGUAGCCAAUACAAACUCAGCUGCAUCUUUUCUGGCAGAACGAAGCUGGCGUGGCUUAGAGAAGAAGUUGGGGGAGACCCCCGUGGUGAAGGCAGUGGCGGGCAGGAGAGGCAUAGCUAUUGCCUAUGAAGAGGAAGGAACAUCUUCAUGACAAUGCACCUGACACACAAGGAUUCUAACAGAUUAUUUAAUCAUGCUUGCAGCUAUUAAAUGUAUAUUCUUUGUAAUUACUGUAAGUAAUAAUGGGAAGUUUUCAUUGAAAAAAUCAAUAUCCGAUAUCACUAUUUUUUUGUAUCGCUCUACUUACUGAAUGAUGUCAUUCAAACUUAUUAGAACUUGACACACUUGUCCAAAUGUAUUUGUUGUGAAAAAAGAUUUAAUUUAAUUAAAGUGUUCAAAAGUUU